CUACGGUCAAAAAGGGCUAAACCACAUGUGGAAAUUAAAAACGUCGUCGCCUCAACAUAGGCAUGUUCAUAUCUUAAGAGGGGGCUUUGGGUAAUUUAAAGUCAAAUCCGUUGUCCUUAUAAGCUAAAAGAGCCAUAAACGCCUUUGGCAGAAAAUGAUUUGAGACGAACAAGUUUCCUUCUUCUGCAUUUUGCCCAGAAAAAAAAAAGAUCCUUUCCAAUCCCUUUCUCCAUCAACAUUUAACCCUAAAUCGUUGUGAAAAUUUUCGAUUAAGCUCUGAAAAUUUGUGGUGAAAAUUUUCCGAAUCUCGUCUCUUGUGAUCGGGAUUAACGACAAGACAUGCGAUACCGCCGUUUAUAGAUUGGUGGUUUCUGGGUUUCUUAUUAAUUAGGACACUUGAUGGAUAAUAACAAUUGGAGGCCUGAUCUUCCAAAUGGAGAUCCUUCCAUGGACUCUGGUGACUGGAGAAGUCAAUUGCCACCUGAUUCACGCCAGAAGAUUGUCAACAAAAUAAUGGAGACACUAAAGAAGCACCUUCCACAUUCUGGAACAGAGGGAGUUAACGAGCUCAGGAGAAUUGCUGCUAGAUUCGAGGAGAAAAUUUUCAGUGGUGCUGUUAACCAGAGUGAUUACCUUCGGAAAAUAUCCAUGAAGAUGCUAACUAUGGACUCUAAAUCUCAAAAUCCAACCGGCUCUUCCUCAUCUAUCCCUGCCGCUAAUAAUGUCUCAUCCAUGGAUAUAAAACCCAACAUUCAAGGGCACCUUCUUCCGGGAACUUUACCAAACAAUCAGUCUCAAGCACCACCUCAGCCGUUGCUGUCCCAACCCAUGCAGAGUAAUACUGCCUCUGGAAUGACUGGUUCUACUGCUUUGACCAAUAAUACUAAUGUCACAAGCGUUGUAAACCAGAAUCCCAGUAUGCAAAAUGUAGCCGGAAUGUUGCAAGAUUCAUCCGGUCAGCAUGGCCUUUCUUCGAACAUGUUUUCAGGAUCAUCCCAAAGGCAGAUGCUGGGAAGGCCUAAUGCUAUGUCUUCUCAGCAGCAGCAGCAGCAGCAGCAGCCACAGAGUGCACAGUUUCUUUACCAGCAGCAGCUACAGCAGCAGCUUCUCAAGCAGAAUUUUCAGUCAGGGAAUGUUCAGCACAUUCAACAACAACAGCAACCAAAUUUGCUGCAGCCCAAUCAAAUGCAACAGUCUGGCAUUUCAACAUCUACCUCAGCUGUGAGCUCAUCACCUCUCCAGGGUCUCCACACAAAUCAGCAAUCAAGUCCUCAACAGUCUAUGCUUCGUCAGCAUCAAUCUUCGCUGCUAAGGCAACAUCCUCAAUCACAACAAGCCUCUGGCAUCCAUCAGCAGCAAACUUCAUUGCCGCAGCAACAGCCUAUUUCUCCUCUACAACAGCAGCAAGCACAGAUGAUGCGACAACAAGCUGCAAGUGGGUCAGGCAUCCAACAGAAGCAGAUGAUGGGGCAGAAUCUUGUCGGGGAUAUGCAGCAGCAACACCAGCAAAGGUUACUGAACCAACAAAAUAAUAUUUUGAAUAUGCAACAGCAGAAGCAACAAGUACCGUCCCAGCAGCAAUUGAUGUCUCAACAAAAUAGCCUUCAGACAACGCAUCAGCAACCACUUGGCACUAGUCAUAGCAAUGUUACAGGACUGCAGCAACAACAACAACAGCUGCUCAGUAAUUCGAGCUUGCAGACUAACCAGCAGUCGGUGCAGCACAUGUUAUCACAGCCAACGGUUGGGCUACAACGAGCUCAUCAGGCUGGCCAUGGCGUGUUUUCUUCUCAGGGCCAACAGUCACAAAAUCAGAUGAUACCCCUUCAGUCGCAUCAUCAGCAGCUAGGUUUACAACAACAACAACCUAAUCUUCUACAACAGGAUGUGCAACAAAGACUACAAUCGUCUGGCCAAGUCACUGGUUCCCUGCUUCCACCUCAAAGUGUAGUGGACCAACAGAGACAACAACAACUAUAUCAAUCCCAAAGAACUCUUCCGGAGAUGCCAUCAUCUUCGCUAGACUCGACGGCACAGACGGAAAGUGCAAAUGGAGUCGAUUGGCAAGAAGAGGUUUACCAAAAGAUCCAAACCAUGAAAGAGGCGUACUUACCAGAUCUUAGUGAAAUCAAUCAGAGAGUUGGAGCCAAGUUACAGCAGGACGCUUCUCUUCCGCAGCAACAAAGAUCAGAGCAGUUUGAGAAAUUAAAACAAUUCAAAAAUAUGUUGGACCGAAUGAUACAAUUCCUAUCGGUUCCAAAGAUUAACAUCAUGCCUGCAUUAAAGGAUAAGGUGGCUAAUUAUGAGAAGCAGAUUAUAAAUUUCUUAAAUAAUCACAGGCCGAGGAGGCCACUACAGCAAGGGCAGAUGCAGCAACAAUCAGGUCAGAACGGUCAGGAACAGUCUCAUGAUAGUCAAGCUAAUACGCAGAUGCAGUCAAUGAGCAUGGCAGGUUCUGUGCCAAGGGCACAGCAGAGUAGUCUGGCAAAUAUGCAGAACAAUGUUCUAUCAUCUCGUCCUGGAGUUUCAGCUCCACAGCAGAGCAUUCCGGCUUCUAGUUUAGAGUCAGGCAAAGGAAAUGCACAGGUUACCAUGGGAUCCAUGCAACAAAAUAUCUCUCAACAAGUGAAUAACAGUUCUGCCUCUGCUCAAAGUGGGUUAAGUACACUGCAGUCCAAUUUUAAUCAAGCCCAGUUAAGUUCCGGUUUGCUUCAGCAACAGCACCUGAAGCAACAUCAAGACCAACAAAUGACGCAGCAGUUCAAACAGCAAUUUCAGCAGCGCCAAAUGCAGCAGCUACUACAAAAGCAGCAGUUAAGUCAGCAGCAGCAGCAACAGUUGCAAGCAAGACAGCAAGGGGCACAGUUCCAGCAACAUUCUCUGCAGGGUCAGCGUGGUACUUAUCCCCUUCAGCAGUUAAAACCAGGAUCCCAGCUUCCUGCUACUUCGCCUCAACUUCUCCCAGGUGCAUCUCCUCAAAUGACACAACAACAUUCGUCUCCUCAGGUCGACCAGAAAAUUCUUAUGUCAUCUGUCAAUAAGAUGGGAACUCCAUUGCAACCUGCACACUCCCCUUUUGUUGUCCCAUCUCCUUCAACCUCCCUGGCACCUUCCCCUAUGCAAGUUGAAUCUGAGAAACAACCUGGAGCAAUGGGAAACACUGCACGCCAACAACAAAGUGUAGUUCAAUCCAUUGCAAUUGGCACUCCAGGGAUCUCUGCAUCUCCUCUCCUUCAGGAGCUUACUAGUCCUGAUGGAAAUAAUUUAAAUCAAAGCGCGGCUGAGCUGCCUAUUGAACGCCUUAUUAGAGUCGUGAAGUCCAUCUCACCACAAUCACUUUCUUCUGGAGUAAGUGACAUCAGAUCUGUUGUAAGCAUGGUUGAUAGGAUAGCUGGUUCAGCCCCAGGAAACGGUUCAAGAACUUCAGUUGGUGAGGAUUUGGUUGCAAUGACAAAGUGUCGUCUCCAAGCAAGAAACUUAAUGACGCAAGAGGGGAUGACGGCGAGCAAGAAAAUGAAACGUAACACAACUGCAAUGCCAUUAAGCGUUUCUUCAUUAGGAGGAAGCGUUGGUGAUAACUACAAGCAGUUUGCAUGUUCAGAAACAUCAGAUCUGGAAUCUACUGCGACUUCUGUUGGCAAGAAAGCAAGAACUGAGAAGGAGCACGCCCUUUUGGAGGAAAUAAAGGAGAUAAACCAGCGGCUGAUAGAUACAGUUGUUGAGAUUAGUGAUGAUGAAGAUGCUGCUGAUGUUAGUGAGGGAGCAAUAGCAAGCAAAGGGUGUGAAGGAACAACAGUAAGAUUCUCGUUUAAAGCGGUUUCUCUCAGCCCAGCCUUGAAGGCUCAUCUCUCAUCAACCCAAAUGUCUCCUAUUCAACCAUUGCGGCUGCUGGUACCUUGUAGCUACCCCAGAGGCUCUCCAUCUCUCCUGGAUAAUCUCCCUGUCGAAACCAGUCUGGUUUCUUGAACAGCAAAGAGAAAGAGGACCUGUCGUCCAAAGCUAUGGCAAGGUUCAAUAUAUUACUAAGAAGUCUGUCACAGCCAAUGUCGCUCAAAGACAUAGCCAAGACAUGGGAGGCAUGCGCUCGGACUGUGAUAUGUGAGUACGCACAGCAAUUUGGAGGUGGAACUUUCAGUUCAAAAUACGGUACUUGGGAGAAAUUUGUAGCCGCUUCCUGA